AUGUCGAAACAAUUGAAUUAUGAAUCGGAUUCUAUGCAUAAACCAUCUACAUUUCAUUUACUACAUAAAAAAUGGAAUGUACUACGUACAGGGGUUUUAUGGGCUCAACGUUUAAAAUCUGUGAAGAAUACAAAAUCAACCGAUAUGACAUAUACUCAAUUCAAUAAUAGAAGUUAUAAUUGUAGUUUCUCCAAUCCAAAUUCUAUUGUUGAAGAUAGUAAUAUUAAUAAUAAUAGUAGUAGUAAUAAUAGUAGUAGUAAUGUUAAUGUAACUACAUAUAAUUAUACACCACAACGAACUCUGUCAAGUAUAACGAAAUUGAAUGACAAAGAUUAUGAUUACAUUGAUAAAUUACAGAAACGAAAUACAGUGAUUAAACAUUGUUCAUCUGCUAAACGUCUAGCAAAAACAUUCUCAUCAUCCAUAAAUGUGAACACAAUCACUUUAAAGUCAAAUGAUUUUGAGUCUUCUAAUGAUUUAUCAAAGAGUCCACUUUUAUUUUCAUCAAGAUUUCAAUCAUCAAUGUAUGAAAGUAAUAAAGAUUUCAAAGAAGUACGUUUUAUAUGUGAAGAUUCUAGUAAACGGAACUCAGUGAAUACCGAUGAAAUUAAUAAUAAUACUGAUACUACUAACAAUAAACAAGUAGUUAACAUAAUUACUCAUAAAACUAAUUACAAUGAGAAUAACAGCACUAUUAAUAGAAAAGAUUCAGUUCAUAAUGAUUCAUCUGAGAAUAUGAUGAAAAUAUCAAUAACAAAUGGAUUUUGGCCAGGCAAUCCAUAUUCACCUCUACCAUCACCGGAUAUAUCUAUCUUAGACUCUGAUUUAAAUGACAGUCAUUUCAUUCUUGACACAGAACUAACCAAUGAUGAUAAGAAUUUACAAAGACAUGAAAGUUGGCAAAGUUUAGAAUUGGAUACAGUACCUUCAUCAUCAGGAACAGGGGAAGUAGAAUCAUUAUCUACUAAAACAGUCAUAACUACAACUCCAACAACAACAACAACAAACAUACCAAAUGAAAACAAUACAGAAUUCGUAAUUAAUAAUCAAGACGGACAAGAUAAUGAACAAAUAGAUUUGGCAAGUAGACGUGGUCGAAGAUCAGCUAUAAUCGAUAAAAAAAAUUUGAUCGGUGAAACAGAAGUUGAAAAUCAAGACACUACAACCAUUUCACAAAAUAUUAACAAAAAUUUAAAUGAAACUGGACAAGAUCGUCCACCAAUUACAUCAUCAGUGAAUUCAUUUCGUGAACGACAAAAAAGAAUAUUACGUAAACAGAAUACUAUAUCCGAUUUAAGUUGUCGUAAUCAAAUCACCAAUACAAAUCAAGAUUAUGAAUUGAAAAGAAGAGCUAAUGUUUUUAUGAAACUGAUUGAACGAGGUACACGUUCCAAAGAUUUAAACGAGGCAUUACAAUCACUUAAACCAUCAUAUUUUCAUGAUCAAUAUCUAGAAUCAUUUAGAGAUUCUCAUUGGUCACAAUUAGAUAAAAGUGGAAAUUCGGAAAAUACAAUGACUGAUCGUGAAGUUCGUCGAUGUGAAGCAGUUUGGGAAUUAUUCAAAAGUGAACUAACAUUUUUUACUGAUCAUCUUAUGGUACUUAAAAAUUGCUUUAUGGAACCAUUGAAAAAACUGCAAGUGGAUGGAUAUCUUAUGUUUGUUGAACCAAUGCAUUUAUUUGGAAAUUUGGAUGAUUUAUGUUACGUUAGUCAUACAUUCUGCCGUGAACUUAUCAGUAAUUUAAGCCAAGAAUCAGUAUCUAAUGAAUUUGGUAGUACUGAUGUAUUACUUCGUCCGUUAAAAAGGUGGUCUGAACAUUCAAAAGAUGGAGAAAUUUAUCAUAAUUAUUGUUUAAAUUAUGAUUCAGCUUUAAAUUAUUUAGAUAGUUUAAGAAAACUUGAACAUUUUAAUGAAUUCGAAAAGUGGUGUGAACAAGAUACUCGUUGUCGACGAUUACAAUUAACAGAUUUAUUGGUAGCACCAAUGCAACAUUAUAUGAAAAUACCAUUAUUAUUAAGUAGUAUUCGACGUUAUACAGCAUGUAGUGCUGAACAAGAAAUGUUAACAGCAUGUUUAACUAAAGUGGAAAACUCAUUAAAAUCACUGGAAGAUAAAAUGCGUUGGUUAAAAAACUUUGAACGACUUCAAGAAAUUCAAUCUCAACUUAUAUGGCCAUCAGUUUCAGAAUUAGAACCAAGAGUAUUUAUUCCGGAAUUUUUACGUCAAAGUUUAAUACGUCAACCAUGUGAACGAUUGAUUGCAAAUCCUAAAAGACAAUUAUUACAUGAAGGUUUUUUAACAUUAAAUGAUGGAACCAAAACUAUCGAAAUAUUUGCUUUUUUAUUUGAUGAUUUUCUCCUGGUUACACGAAUUAAAAAACCACCAAAAAAGAAAUCAUUUUCAGAGAAUCCUUUAACUGGUCGUAGUCUAACAGAAGGUGGAGUAUUUGUUGUUUAUAGACAAGUGAUAGCGCUUGAUCGUUUUACAAUUCAUGAUUUAGGAAUUGUUGAAGCAACUGCUAAUGGAUUACGAAAUGCUAUUGUACUUGUGCUGAUAACACGAUUUCAACAGAUUACAGGUGUUUACACCCUACAAGCAGCAAAUGAAUUAGAUAAACAAAGAUGGAUUGAAAAAUUACGUAAUAGUCAACAAGCAUUUCAAGAGAAAUUAAAACGGAAAUUAUACGGUAUUGAUAUGGAUCAACAUACAAAUAAGCAUAGUAAAUUAAUUAAUGCUAAAAAUAAAUUACCUAAUCAAACAUCUAUAGCUGAUGAUUAUCUAAAUACUAGUUUAACAUUAAGUAUCAAAGAUACAAAUGAGAAAUCAACUAAUUUCUAUGAAACAAAUAUGAUUGAUAAAAAGAAUAUAGUAGAACAAUCAUUGAAAAAAUUAACUAAAUCUAAAACAAUUCAAUUAGAACAACAAGAUCAAGAACAAGGUGAUAAUCAUUCACAAGAAGAUGAUCAUUCAAAUGAAAUCAUCAAUACCAUGGUUACAUCACAGAUAACUAAUAUUGAAGCAAAUGAUGCAACAGUAAAUAAUAAUACUGUUAUUGUUAAUACACCAGAUAGUAAUAUGAAUAUUAAGAAUUCGGAACCAUGUAAUACCUUAUCUGGUAAUAUUGAUUAUUCAUCGGAUGAAUCGAUUUCCAAUAAUAAUAAAAUAAGAUCAAAUGAUAUUUUAUCAUUGCAUAAUAAAAAUCCAGAUUAUAUCAUUCGUAAUAGGCAUAGUCUUGAUCCAAAUUUUGCUACAGUAAACAUAUCGAAUAAUAAAUAUUCUGAUUCUAUUGAUAUAACUAAUUCAUCCUCUGUAACAAUGAAUUCAUCAAAUACAAAUAUACAAAUGACAUCAAUAACAGAGAAACAAAUUGUAGCACCAAUAUUUUCACCACCUAGUUUAUUAUUAUUUGAUCGUGUUACACAACAUAAUGAAUUUCCUUAUGAAAUGACAAGACAAGUACAAUUUUCUCCACCAUUAUCACCAAUAUUACAUCCUCCUUGUGCAAGUUUACCAUUAGAUAUAACAGCAGAAAGUGCUUAUGAUUUAUCAGAUCGAUUAUUGUCAAAGAUGAAUAUUAGUGAUGAUUCUUCUAAAUUAAAUAAUUUGAUUAAUAAAAGACCUAUUAAAGGUUAUUCAGCAUCUCCUCCAGUGAAUCGUAAAAACGAUGAAUCAAAUUAA